AUGGCGACAGCAGGCCAGUGGCAGGUGGUUGCAGCGGCGGCGGCGGUGGUAGCCUUGGCCAUGGCGGUGACACCGGCUUGGUGCAGAACCUUGGAGAACAAGGUGACAGCGGUCAUCGUCUUCGGCGACUCCAUCGUGGACCCUGGCAACAACAACUACCUCCUCACAGGGGUCAAGGCGAACCAUGCACCCUAUGGCAAGGACUUCGCCGGCCACGUGGCCACCGGGCGCUUCUCCGACGGACUCAUACCUUCCGACUUGAUCGCCCAGGGCCUUAACGUGAAGCAGCUGGUGCCUCCAUACCUCGGUGUGCAGCACACCCCGGAGGACCUCCGCACCGGUGUGAGCUUUGCGUCGGGCGCCUCCGGAUUCGAUCCUCUCACCCCCGUCAUCAUGGGAGUGAUCUCGAUGGAGCAGCAGCUGGUGUACUACGACGAGUACCGGAGCAAGCUGGUGGGCAUCGCCGGAGAGGAGGAGACGAAGCGGAUAAUCGACGGUGCGCUCUUCAUUGUAUGCUCUGGCACAGACGACAUCGCCAACACAUACUACACCACCCCACUCCGAAGGGUUCAGUACGACAUUCCCUCCUAUGUGGACCUCCUCCUUGAUGGUGUCGAGUCCUUCCUCCGCAACAUGAGCGCGCGAGGCGCCAAGCGGAUCGGCUUCGUGGGGCUGCCGCCCAUCGGCUGCUUGCCGUCGCAGCGGACCCUCGGUGGCGGUCCUCGCCGAAGCUGCGAGCCGGAGCGCAACGCCGCUGCGCAGCUCUAUAACACCAAGGUCCAGGAGCUGAUCCUCGAGCUGGGUAAGGACAUGGUCGGGUUCCCCAACCUCUUCUACAUCGACAUCUACACCGUGGUCCAAGACCUGGUGGACCACGGGGAGCGGUACGGGUUCAGCGAGAUGACGCGCGGGUGCUGUGGCACCGGGAUGAUUGAAGUGUCAACGGGGUGCGACGCGAUGCUCAACCCCGUGUGUGACGACGUGUCUAAGCAUGUCUUCUUCGACAGCUACCACCCCACAGAGGCGGCAUACAAGAUUAUCAUGGACUACAUCUUCGACCACUACAUACAAUACAUGCAUCUUUGA